AUGAGUUUGACUUUUUCGAACUGGGACCGGUUCUACUGGAAAUACAGAGCAGACGCGGAUUUUCUGAUUUCGGAAGCCAGGAAGCAAAAUGUUUUCGACUUUUCGAUAGAAUACGCAUCAGGACUGUACGAAAAUUUCACAACUCGAGAUGAAGCUGCAAUUUUUUACAACGGAAAAGUAGAAAAAGUCGAAAUGAACACAGAAGAUGUCAGAAACGCUAGAUUGAUGAUACAACAGAAAACACAAGAAACAGAAGUUGACAUUUCCAAUGGGAAUAAGCGAAACACAGGUUUCUCAGCAACACAUAGCUCAAUAAGUUAUCGGAAAAGUCCUAACGUUUAUCAUUCCAGACAAAACGGAGUUACGGAAAUCUCAAUUGACGAUCAAGUAGCGGGAGAAACCUCAAGCAACCCACAAACCAUCCAUCAACCUGCAAGUGUUCACGUUUUUCAAGUGAAUGGAGAUAGCAAUACAACUUUCAAUUCAUCUAUACAGACGCUACCACAACAAAACAAAUCUAAUUCGAGAAUGAAGGACUCACGGUCUACAAGCACAGAAAUUAGAUAUUCAAAUGUUAGUUCAUCCGAGAGCAGUCAUUAUAAUUUUCGGAGCUCUCGAGAAUGUUUUGACGAACAUGCCAAUGUUCUGACAGGUCUAUCAAAUCAAACAGAGCAAAAUUCAACAAGAAAAAUCAUAUCAGAAAACUAUUCUCCGACAAACUAUUUUAAUGAACAAUGGGAUAACUUACAAAAUGAUCGAACAGUAAAAUUCAGUGGUAUAACAUUGACAGAGCCAAUGAUGAACUUGCGUCCAAAAGAAACAACUUAUGAAGAACCGCGACCUUACGACUUGAAUCAAAUAUUGUUUGAAUACAAUGGCGAACUGAAAGAUGUGACACACAAGACUCCUAUUGCAAAGAACACAAACCAAUCACCACCACAACUAUUUCAAGAAAACAGUUUUUCCUGUGAUAGUCCGGGAAUAUACAACAGCUCUUUUGAAAAAGAGUUCGAGAAAAUUAAAAAAAAGCAAGCCGAAGAAUUAGAAGAGAAAAAGAAAAAACGGAAAGAAAGACAACAGGAACUUGAGGAGGAGAUUCGAAAAAUGAAAGCAGAAACGAAGAAAAGAUUUGAUAUUCUGUGGUCAUGUAUUAUUGCAAAACGCAGAUUUGAAGAAGAGGAAGAGCAUUGGAAGGUGUGGAUUCGAGGAAGCAGACGAAAUAUUACCAAUUUUUUGAAGCGCUGCCUUGAAUUUGUUGAUGAAAUUGAAACGAAUCACGGCGGUUUGAGAAGAUUAGAUAAUAUAGACAUGCAUGAGCUUCAGAUCGAGACUUGUGAAAUUCUUAAUUAUAUAAUGGGAACUUACAACACACUGCAAUACGAUUUCGAAAAACUGGAAAGUCUCGAGCAAAAGAAUCCGGAUGCAAUGUUUAUUCGAGUUUUAAUGAAAUGCCUAGUCGACGUCGCCGCGAGGGUAUUGGUUAUCUAUUAUUCAACUGAAAGUCUAGGAGCCGAUGUUGUUAAAUUCAAAAAUUUGAAGACCGAGAUUGACAACUUGAGAUCCGAUUUGAUCUAUUCUACAACCCAACUUCGAGAAAUUUGCAGGCACGAAGAUUCUAUUGGGAAAUAUGAGAAUGUCGUUUUUCCGGUUUUGAAACAAAAUUUAAUUAUAAAAAAGUUUCAAUAA